CGAGCAGUCAAGGAGUUUCCCGUUGCGAGACAGCCAUCACUGUCAUGAGUCUCACACGGCCAACAAAAUAAAUUGCUUUAUUUCCACUGGUUGUGGGAGCACACGGACUGCCCGCUGCGGCGUAGACCACGGGAUGCCAGCCAUAACUGAAGCAUCCGAGACAAGUGCCACGCAAACGCCGAAACACAUCAAGGGCCUCGUGCUGGCGAUGGCGUCAAUCUAUUGCCAAAAGUACAUCGCAUGGGCCCCGAGUCUCGCCUAUGACGCGCACGCGUGUCGACGUGGAGCAGCCCUCCGCUCAGCUCACCGCAGGCCUGUGGCUUCUUCCCAUCCAUCACCCACCCGCAAGCGAGGAAUCGUCACACUUUGCUCAAUGGCGGCGCGUGGCGUAGUUCGAGAUCCCCCCCAAGUGGCUGGCGGCGUCUCGCUCCAAGCGAAACCAUGGCUGGCUGGGGGUCGUCAAGUCCGAAAUCAUCACACCUCCCGGAAACAAAAUCUUCAGUCACGAUCUGCUCUACCUCGUCCGAUUUGCUCGCGGGCCGCAUGUCAUCUUAUCUCAUCUCCACUCGCCUACAUGUUCCUGCAUGAGGCCCCCCAUCCUGGGCCGCAGCCAUGUGCCGGAAUGUUUGUUAUUGCUUGCAGGCCUGUCCCUCCCGGCUAGCCCAUGCAAACUGACAAGGUUUUCCCUCAUAUUGGAUAAACACCCUGGCCGUUUUCUUGGUUAUAUCUGCCGACAGUUCAUCUUGCCUCACAACGUUGCAGAAUUUACUCUGGAGUCUGACAUGCCAACAUGAGCG